UUUGGCAUUUUCUCCUUAGAACCGUUUGUUGCAAAAUGUAAAAAAGUUUUUCCAUGGAUGUGCAUGUGUGUGAGUGCACACACGUGUGAGUUUCAGUCCUGGGCAUCUUCUUUUGAGUCUCAUUAGGCAUGGAAAAAUGUGAGCCUGGUUUAAAACUCUUUCUCCCAUCCUGUGAAGCUUCCGUCUAACUUAAAAUGGAAUUUGUUCUAUAACAUACAUGCUUGGCGCAGGUGUGGGGGGGCCCUAGGAGAGGAUCGCCCCUCUUGGUUUAUGAAAGACUGGCAGCUUUUUCCUCUACUAUGUGCCGUAACUGCAGAGCCAGAUUUAAAAGAGAGGAUUUGUAGGAAAUCCAGCUGUGAGUUUUCGUUUUUUUCCUCUUAGAGCCGGAGGCGGGGCCACGGCCAACCUCAGAGCAGGCACACCAUUGAUCAGGCUAGAAUGAUGUGGAACAGUCUCACAGACAACAGCUAAGCACAGAGGAAAUAUUAGCUGGCAGAGAUAACGAAGAGGAAACGCUCUGUGACGGAUGCACCAUCUGUCAGUUUCAGCAGAGCAAUUUUCAAGAAAGCAGAAAAUGAAAUGAAGAGCGUGGUUUUGUUUCAAAGGUACAGCCCAGCCUAAGGACAUUUUUAAACACAAAAUUGAGGCGAAGGAAGCAUGCGACUGGCUCCGAGCUGCCGGGUUCCCACAAUACGCUCAGUUAUAUGAGGAUUCACAAUUUCCUAUCAACAUUGUGGCUGUCAAGAGCGAUCAUGAUUUUCUUGAAAAGGACCUUGUAGAACCUCUUUGCAAACGACUAAAUACACUGAACAAGUGUGCCUCAAUGAAACUUGAUGUGAACUUCCAAAGGAAAAAGGGCGACGACUCCGACGAGGAAGAUCUCUGCAUCAGUGACAAAUGGACUUUCCAGAGAACCAGCCGCCGGUGGUCCCGCGUGGACGACCUGCACACGCCGUUCCCCGGAGGAGACAGGAGCGGGUCCUCGGGGGACGUUAGGAUGAGAAGCACGACCAGCACCGAGAGCCUCCUGGCCGACCUCAGCGAGCCCGAAGUCUGCUCCCUGCACAGUGAAGGCAGCGGGGGCAGCGGCGGCCACAGCCAGCCGGGCGCCCCGGGGUUCGGCCAGCCCUGCGGGGACAGCCCGGCCAUGCCGGACGCCGCGGUCGUCGGCAGCAGCCUCCCGCAGGCCCCCAAAGAUGUCCCCGGCUACCCUUUCCUCCCAAAGAGUGAGAAGCCCGCCAGGACCAGAGCCAAGUCAUUUCUGAAACGCAUGGAAACCCUCCGAGCCAAAGGAGCUCCGGGUAGGCACAAGGGGUCGGGCCGGACAGGCGGCUUGGCCAUCAGCGGGCCUGUGCUGCGGCAGGGGCCGGAGGCCCUCACGGCCGUGCAGCGCGGCCAAAUCCCGAACGGAGAUCUGAGCGCGCCCCCGGCCGCCUGCCAGAAAGGGCCCCCGGGCCCCAGCAAAUCGAGCACGGAGAGCACCCGGUCAGAAAACAGCCCUGGUGGCCUGAAGGAACGCAAAUGCCAGGAGGCCAGCAAGCGCGGGGGCAUGUACUUAGAAGACCUGGAUGUGCUGGCUGGCACCGCGCUGCGGGAAGCCGCUGACCAAAACCGCACGCACGAGUUCCGUUCCCAAGAGAACCUGCUAGUGCACAUUCCCAAGGACCACAAACCGGGAACGUUUCCCAAGGCGCUCUCCAUCGAGAGCCUCUCGCCAUCAGACGGCAGCAACGGGGUCAACUGGAGGACCGGUAGCAUCUCCCUGGGCAGGCAGCAGGGCCCUGGGGCCAGGGAGCCCAGGCUCGCGGCACCCUGCCACAGAGCCAGCCGAGUGAGUAUCUAUGACAACGUGCCAGGCUCGCAUUUGUAUGCCAGCACCGGAGAUCUCCUGGACUUGGAGAAAGAUGAUCUCUUCUCUCACCUAGAUGACAUUCUGCACCACGUCAAUGGGCUCCAGGACGUUGUGGAUGACUGGUCCAAAAACAUCUUGCCGGAACUGCAAACACAAGAUGCACUGGUUGAAGAACCUGGCUUAUGCCCCUUCCCAUCUCCCAAUCAGAUCACCUUAGAUUUUGAAGGCAACUCCGUCUCUGAAGGUCGGACGACACCCAGUGAUGUGGAAAGAGAUGGAACGUCUCUUAAUGAAUCGGAGGCCCCUGGGGUCAAAGAGAGGAGGGAUUCUGGUGUGGGUGCCUCUCUGACCAGGCCAAACAGGCGACUCCGAUGGAACAGCUUCCAGCUCUCGCACCAGCCUCAGCCGUCCACGGCGUCGCCCCACAUCAGCAACCAGACAGCCAGCCAGCUGAACCUGCUCCAGCGUUUCUCACUGCUUCGCCUCACGGCCAUCAUGGAGAAACACUCCAUGUCCAACAAACACGGCUGGACGUGGUCAGUUCCAAAGUUCAUGAAGAGGAUGAAAGUUCCCGAUUACAGAGACAAGACCGUCUUUGGCGUUCCUCUCAUCGUUCACGUCCAGAGGACAGGACAGCCGCUGCCGCAGAGUAUUCAGCAAGCACUGAGAUAUCUGCGCAGCAACUGCCUCGAUCAGGUGGGUCUUUUUCGAAAAUCGGGUGUGAAAUCUCGAAUCCACGCCUUACGUCAAAUGAAUGAGAACUUUCCUGAGAAUGUCAGCUACGAGGACCAGUCCGCUUACGAUGUGGCGGAUAUGGUGAAGCAGUUCUUCCGGGACCUUCCAGAGCCACUCUUCACCAACAAGCUCAGCGAGACCUUCCUCCACAUCUACCAGUUUGUCCCCAAGGAGCAGCGACUGCAGGCGGUGCAGGCCGCCGUCCUGCUGCUGGCCGACGAGAGCCGGGAGGUCCUGCAGACGCUGCUGUGCUUCCUGCAGGACGUGGUCGGCCUGGUGGAGGAGAACCAGAUGACGCCCAUGAACCUGGCCGUGUGUCUGGCCCCCUCCCUGUUCCAUCUGAACCUGCCGAAGAAGGAAAGCUCCCCCAGAGUCAUGCAGAAGAAAUACGCCACCGGGAAGCCAGACCAGAAGGACCUCAGCGAGAACCUGGCCGCUGCUCAGGGGCUGGCGCACAUGAUCGUGGACUGUGACAGGCUUUUUGAGGUCCCCCAUGAGCUGGUAGCCCAGUCUCAUAACUCGUACCUGGAGGCCGACAUCCACGCUCCAUCUCUGGAAGACCUGGGGACCCGGCUGGAGGAGGGCGGGGCGACUUUCCACACCUACCUGGAGCACCUCGCCCAGGGCCUCCAGAAGGAAGCCAGGGAGAAGUUCAAAGCAUGGGUCACGUGCUCCAGCACAGACAACACAGAGCUCGCUUUCAAAAAGGUGGGGGACGGGAACCCGCUGAAGAUGUGGAAGGCUUCCGUGGAGGUGGAGGCGCCCCCCUCGGUGGUGCUGAAUCGCGUGCUGAGAGAGCGGCACCUGUGGGAUGAGGACUUCGUGCAGUGGAAGGUCGUGGAAGCUCUGGACAAGCAAACCGAGGUCUAUCAGUACGUGCUGAACAGCAUGGCGCCGCACCCUUCCAGAGACUUCGUGGUUCUCAGAACCUGGAAGACUGAUUUGCCCAAAGGAAUGUGCACUCUAGUGUCCCUGUCUGUGGAGCACGAGGAAGCCCAGCUCAUGGGUGGCGUGCGGGCCCUGGUGAUGGAUUCUCAGUACUUAAUAGAACCCUGUGGCUCCGGCAAGUCGAGACUGACCCACGUCUGCAGGAUAGACCUGAAAGGUCACUCCCCAGAAUGGUACAAUAAAGGCUUUGGACAUCUGUGUGCAGCGGAAGUUGCCAGGAUUAGAAACUCUUUUCAGCCCCUCAUUGCUGAGGGUCCAGAAACUAAAAUCUGAGUUUUCCCCAGUGUGACAUCAAACUCAGGGAAGAGGAAAUGAAAGCAAAUACUUGUGGGAGAGAGUGUGCUUUUGAGAAAGCGAGAGAGAGAGAAAGCAAGAGAGAGAGAGAUGGGCAUGGUUAAUGCCUAAAAAUGGAGACACUGAAACGUCGGAAUGUUGAAGAUAUAAGAAUUUCUGAGAACUUUCCAGCCUUCCUGGAGACGGCUGUGUCCCUACUAAUAUAAUUAUUUCUAAAAAUCAGAACACUUAUCUAUGUUACUUAAAAUUAAAUGGAUUAUUCCUUGUGCAUUGCCUAAUUUGCUAUUUAAAGGCUUCUAAGAAGCGUAUUCUGAACUGUAAAUAAAUGUAUGUAUAGCAUAUGUAUAUAAGUGUGUAUAUCUCUAUCUUUACUGUAUAUAUGUAAAAUACCAAUUUUAUAUACAAUUGCAUAUUUUGAAAAGCAACCCGUCUGACUCAGUGAGUCCCUUCCUCCCGUGGUUCUUUCCAAGUUGCUCUGGGCCAGUCCCCAACUGUCCUGUAAGCUGAGCAGAAUCUGCUGCUAACACCGAGGUGUGAAAAUGUGUUUAACCAAAGAUUAGCUAACCAAAGGAAAACGACACCGAAAGGGUCUGCGGUGAUGUUAGUUUGCUUUAUUUGAAAACUGAGAACGGGGGUCGGAAAAAGCGAGGACAAGAAUAUUUAUUUAUUCUGCUUAAAAGUGAAGUGGAAAAGCGAGACAUCAUUACCAAACUGAAGGCUAGGCUACCAGCUGCCAGUGGCCCGGCCAGAUGCAGCUUCUGUGAAAGGUCAGAUGCCCUGGGGGGGCCGCGGAGUCGGCCCAGGGACUGACACCGACCUGCAGUUUCCCUUCUGACCAAGCUGAGAUGAUAGCCUUCGCAUAUUCACAGCCAAAGGGAACCUCUGUUUCAUCAAGUUUUCAUAGAUACGUUGUAUAAUGUUUUUGAAUGUCAUUCUAUUUGACCAGUGACCUAUUUGGUCACAGUUAAUCGGCAUUUUCUUACCAAAGUAUUGCACUGAAUUUAACUCUGGACACCAGACAAAGGGAGCUGGUCCUUUCAGGUCCUGAACCAUUGCAGGUUCAGGGAGUUCUUAUUUUGCUACAUACGAUGCUGUUAAGAUAUAAUUCAUUAACGUUCUGCAAUCUGAAAGACAGGGUUUUAAACUAACAUAAGACCAAAACUAUGUUCUUCAAUUAGUUUUAGAAAAUAUGAACAGGUUUGUUAAUACCAUGUUUUUUCAUUAGCCGGUCAAGUUACCUUAUGCAUAUGGCCCAACCUUAUUUAUUAUUGUAUAAACUAAGCAAAGUGACUCUCCUUAACCAACUGCUAAUGAAUUUAAGUUGUUGUUUUAUUAUAAUUUAACAACUGUAGAGAGAAAGAUAAUUUAUUGUGUUUGGUUUGAGGGAGAGAGAUUUUCUCUGGUAAUCCAUGAGAGAUUGGUAUUAUAAUUUAGCAACCGGUAUUAGAGGAAAAAAAGAAAAACUUAAAUGAGUGUCUUCCUUUUGUUUUUUGUUUUUGGUCUUGUAUACAUGUGUGUAACAUUUGCUCUUAUCAGCAAUGUGCAAUUCUUUUAUUGAAAGAAAUAAAAUGCUAUAUACGAGUUCUGUAUGGUGCAAGAAAAAUCAUACUGUUUGAAUUAUGACCUAGAAAUAUUUCUGUCUCCUUGCCUACCUAAAAAGUGGCAGCAAACCCAUAAUUUUCCAGUUGGCCAAUGCUCUGUGAGCACACCAAAUUCACUUCCGCCAUAUGUCUUAAGUUUAACCAACUACACUGGAUUAUCUGACUAUGCAGAGACAAGAUCAUUAGUGAAAUUUAAUCUAGCUUAACGCCCGUCCUACAGCCAGAGAUGAGACCCUAUAUUUUUGGAGAAUAUGGUAGGCACCCCAGGAUGAAUGGUAUUGUGUCACCAUCUUUGCUGUGUGCGCUUAUCACCUGGAGACCUAGUUCAAAUGCAGACUGAUUUAGACAGUCUGGGUGGGCUUGAUGGAUCCUGCAUUUCUAACAGGCCUCGGAGAUGCCUAUUCUACUGGCCCAAAGACCACACUCCAAGAAGCAAGGACCAAGAGGACACUUAAAACCGAAUAAACAUAAAUAUGACUGUGUUUCUGGCACCCAUUCUCUUCAAAUUACCUGACGUUUUUAUUUUUAUAUACAUAUUAAUCACAUCACUGCUGCAUAAUAGCACAGUGCAGUGAAAAAGAAAAAAAAAGGAGGGAAAAGACUCAUCAAGCUCGUUUGUCAAAUACCAUAGUGUUCAUUGUUAUCUUGCCAAUGGAAAUAAAAUAUGAUAUUGCAUUUAAA